CUCCACCGGUGGCGGGAGCACUUUUACGUGCUGCCUUGGUGGCGAGCUGCUUACGGGGCGCCUUUCCUCCGGUAGAUUUACGGGCGGUUUGCUUGGUACGAGCCAUUUCGUCUGCAAAGCGGUUGAACAAAUAGUAAGGAUUGAGUGUCGAGGGUCAGUUCAAUAAAUUUAUACUUGCCGCCUCUAAAUCUGAUUGGCUAGAAUUUGCCCGAUCUGAUUGGUCAGUCUUCUACUAAGAAAAGCCCGCCAAGUCUUUACUGUGUUUUUGACUGCCAAGUUUUCCUAAAAUAUCUUUCGAUCCCAAAUGUUAUAUCAAACAAAUUUACAUUAAUAUAGUAGAUUUAAUUACUAAUCGUCUUCCGCCGCUAAAUUUACAAGAUAUAUGUGAAAGAGCAAUGAUUUAAUAGAAGUUAAAUAGGCUCGGACCAAUGUGAUCGGAUCGAAAUGCUAGUCUUUUGAAUUGUAAAUAUCGGUUGGACUCUUGACCCUUGGGUUAAUUAUCAUACACAAUGGGUCUAUCGGGUAUAUAAACCCCAAACUGCCAGAGCAGGUUGUUAUUCAGGUUUGAAUUCACACUCAUCAUGUCUGGUCGCGGCAAAGGAGGAAAAGGUCUAGGAAAGGGAGGCGCCAAGCGUCAUCGCAAGAUCCUUCGGGAUAACAUCCAGGGCAUCACCAAGCCCGCCAUUCGUCGUCUCGCCCGCCGUGGUGGAGUCAAGCGAAUCUCUGGCCUUAUCUACGAGGAGACCCGUGGCGUUCUCAAAGUCUUCCUUGAGAACGUUAUCCGUGACGCGGUCACCUACACCGAGCACGCCAAGCGCAAGACUGUCACCGCCAUGGACGUGGUCUACGCUCUGAAGCGACAAGGCCGAACCCUGUACGGAUUCGGCGGCUAGAGUGUCUAGUCAACUCAAACAAACACCGGCUCUUUUAGGAGCCACCACAUGCAUUUAAAGUUAUGAUCGAAUGCAUUCAAAUGUUCCUUUGUGUGUACUGUUAUAAAUUGUUUUCGUGU